UCGCAGACGUGUCGAUCCGUACGGUGCUAAUGGUGCAUCUUAGAUCGCCGAUAACAACGACCCGGAGAGAGCCCAUCCUUCCUUCUACCCCCAACCCUUCCCCCCUCCUAGAUAGUUCCGCGACUCCCUUUGUUUAUGCGGAUAUCGCGGGUCUACGUGCGCGUUCUGCUUUCGAGAGAGAAAAAAAAUAUUGCCAGCCAAAGAUCCUAUUCUAUUCUUCUGUUCAUUUCGAAUUUAUCGCCCGCGAAAGGAAUCCCCUAGGCCUUUUCAAGACUUCCGUCCAUCAACGAAUCCAUCUGCUGAGGUCCCGACAUUUGGACCCGCACGCAUACACACGCAUAUCUACUCACGCGUGAAACUGCGCGCUCGCGCGCGCGCCUACCGUACACGCACACAUGCGCGCGCACAACGCGUGUUCUAUACGUGUGUAUGUAGUACGUGCUCCUCUCGGUGCGGCAAGCUGUCAUCGACGCUGUCAAUUCUCAGCCGAUCGCCGUUCGUCCCGACGAACGAGUGUUUGAAAAAGAGAUUAUUGAUCUCCGUCUCUCUACGAUAUAUGCCAAGAUAUCCGAAUAUCCGAUCUUUGCAUAAACAAUGGCAGCGUUACCACGGAGGAUUAUUAAAGAAACUCAAAGAUUAAUGCAAGAACCAGUUCCUGGUAUCAGUGCUGUACCAGAUGAUACAAAUGCUAGGUAUUUUCAUGUAAUAGUAACGGGACCUGAGGAUUCGCCGUUCGAAGGCGGACUGUUUAAGCUUGAAUUGUUCCUACCUGAAGAUUAUCCAAUGUCUGCACCUAAAGUUAGAUUCAUUACAAAAAUAUAUCAUCCAAAUAUAGACAGAUUGGGCAGGAUUUGUCUGGAUAUUCUCAAGGACAAGUGGAGUCCGGCACUUCAAAUCAGAACAGUUUUGCUGUCUAUACAAGCGCUUCUAAGCGCGCCGAAUCCCGAUGAUCCUUUGGCAAAUGAUGUAGCUGAACUUUGGAAGGUCAACGAAAGCGAGGCGAUACGUAAUGCCAAAGAAUGGACUCGAAGAUACGCUAUGGACAACUGAUCUCAGCCUUGUCAGAUCGCCCACGACAAAGCAAAGCGACGUUAUUCCUACCUUUCCCAGACUUUUGAUCACCAUACCCGCACCAAUUGCGUAUCCGGCACCUGUGUCCACAAUUUUGCUAUAAAAAUAAUAAAAGUUUUGUAAGAGUAAAACAGAAUGGAUAUUUUCUAUAUUAUGGGGGAAACGCGAAGCACUGUUGAAUUUAUUCAAUUGCUCAUUGAGGAAUAUCUUCGUAAAUAUCUUCCUACAUUGAAAUGUUACGAAUCUCUCUUUCUGCAAGAAAGGAGGGGACAAGUUUCCCUUUGUGAGAAGACGCGAUGAGAUAUGUUACAAUAUACAUAUAAAUUUGAAAUUGUAUUAAGCAAAAAUAUGCUAUAUACAAAUCUUAUAUUGCUAUUUUGUGCAAUUUGCAAUUUACACUUUUUUUUUCUUCCUGGUGUAUGUUAUUUAAAAGUGGAAUUGAAAGGUUUAUGUUAUUCAACAUAUGGAUUCUCUUCUUAAAACAAAUUUUUAUUGUAUAUAUUAACUGGUUAUAUAUGUAUAUUUUUCUCUCUUUCUCUCUCUCUGUCUAGUACAUUAUAGAUUUAAAUAUUAUUGCAUAUUUAGAAUAGAGAGAGAGAAUGGCACAAGAUUGAUGAAUAUAAAAUUAUACGUGUAAUGUAGCUAUUAUUUAUCACAUGUCUUAUAGAUAAUAUAUUAAAGAAACUACGAACGUUUUUUCAAUCUAUAUAAUUCAAUCUAUAUAAACUUGAACAUUUAAUUAUCUUAUUUGGAGAUGUAUAUAGAAUACUAUGAAACUUUUAGGUUUUCAAAAUAUAUAAUAAGAAAAAAUAUAUUCCAAUAUUUUUGGUUUUUACUCAAGUUUGGCUAUAUAAGUGAAUAGAAAUCAUCCAUUAUUAUGUUAAUACUAAUUGCCAAUUAUAAUUGUUUAAUGUGUAAAUAUAAGUAAGAAGAGUAGAAAAAGUCUAUUGUGUAUCUUACAAUAAAUAAAUUCUACUUAUCGAGAUGCGACUAUACGUAAUAUAAAAUUUCUGCAUAGGAAAAAAUAAGAUUUCUCACAUAUAAAAUUAUUUUAUGAAGAAUGCUUACAUGAAUCACAGUGUAAAAUACAUAGGAAAAAAUAUAACACAAGUACUUUCCAUUUAACGAGUAAAAUUAGCAAUUGUACCGAGAAUAUGUGCAAAAAAUAUCUAAAUUGAUAUAUAUUGCAUAUUAUAAUUAAAUAAAUAAAUAGUGAAAAAAAUAGAAACAUACAAUAUCUGUAACAAAACAAUGUGUGGCAAAGAAAUAAUACAUAUAUUGAUAGAAAUCUAUAUUUAAUAUACCCUUGUCACAUAAUGUGAAUGCAUUGGCUCAAUAAAAUAUGAUAAAAAUAAUAUCAGUUUAUAUCUAAUAUACGCGUUAUAUUGCGAAAAAUUGAAAAGAAAUAUAUAACCAGUUAAUAUAUAAAUAUCUUAUGAAAAAGGAAAACUAUACCCGAGUAUCGCCUUUUUUUCUAACAAGUAUUACAACAGGGAGAUUCUAUAAUUUAAGGACACGGGGAUAGAUUAAAACAAUUGUAGAUAAUCUGCAAUAAUAAAGAGAUUAUUAUUAAGAGUUUGGGAUAUAUAGAGUAGUUAUUGUAUGCAUUAUUACAUGUGUAUCAAUUAGACAUGCAGAAUUUUUCAAAAGCUAAUAUGGCAUAAUUAUAAUAUGCAUAAAAUAAUCAAGAUUCAAGAAAGAGAAAUUUUAAUGUAAUGUACGUUCAAUUUCUAAUGUACAUUUCAUUAUUAUAUCCAUCAUCAAUUAACUAUAUCUUUAUCUCAUGAACACAUCUUCGCGUACUCUUUAUUCGUUUAGUUACAUCAUUGCUUUACGGAAAUAUUUUAAUAUACAUUGCCAUUGAUUAAAAAUAAAAUUUUAUUUUGGAUAAGCCUCUACGUUGCUGAGUUAGUAACCGAAAAACUGAUAAUAAAAUAUUAACGAAAAGAA